AUGAAAGCCCUUGCUCAGUCGUACGUAUGGUGGCCGAAGAUCGAUGAGGACAUCGAACAGUCUGUCAAGAGUUGCACCGAAUGCCAAUCCACGAGGCAUGCACCACCACGUGCGCCGAUACAUCCUUGGGAGGUUCCACACUCUCCAUGGUCUCGUCUUCACGUGGACUUUGCUGGUCCGUUCCAUGGACAAUCAUUCCUCCUAGUAGCUGACGCCUACUCAAAGUGGCUAGAGGUAAAGCUCAUGCCGUCUACAUCUGCCGAAGCUACUGUCAACGCACUACAGGAGAUCUUCGCUACGCACGGUAUUCCAGAUGUUGUGGUCAGCGACAACGGACCUCAGUUCACAUCUGCUCACUUCCAAACAUUCCUUCGGAGAAAUGCUAUAAGGCAAAUUCUCGUGGCUCCCUAUCACACUGCAAGCAACGAAUGGUUCAAACAAUGA